AACGCCCAUACGCCACACAAAUGCCCAAAUGACAAAUCAAAUCAAUGAAUCCACAAUAAUGGAGACCAAAAGUUAUAAUAAAAAGGGAAAGGUCCAAAACAUAUUUAUAAAUACAACAAAAGUUGGGCAGUGAGGACCUCAUCUCACUCCCACCCCACACCCAAAGGGAAAAGAAAAUAAAAGAAAAAAAAAUGUGGAAAUUCGCAGCCAUCUCAGUGGCGACCAUAGUUGUGGUGUGGCUAUGGCAAGUAUUUCACUGGGUUUGGGUUGAGCCCAGGAGGCUGGAGAAGCUCCUCCGCAAGCAAGGCUUCAAAGGAAACUCUUACAAGCUUCUCCAUGGAGACACUAAGGAGAUUGCCGACAUGUACCGUCAAGUGCACUCUAAGCCGAUUGGCCUUCACGAUGACAUCAUGCCUCGUGUUAUGCCCUUCAUUCUCAAGACCAUCAAUACAUAUGGCAAGAACUCUUUUGCGUGGAUCGGGCCAAGGCCACGGAUUUACAUAUCGGAUCCGGACCACAUGAGAGAGGUGCUGACUAGGCACAUCGACUUCCAGAAGAACUUUAGGACCACAAACAAGGUCUACAAAUUGCUCGUUGGUGGCAUUGUCGAGUUUGAGGAGGACAAAUGGACGAGGUACAGGAUGAAACUGAACCCGGCUUUUCACUUGGACCGGUUGAAGCAUAUGUGCCCCAUAGUCCAGGGCUGCUGUGAGACGAUCCUAACCGACUGGAAGAAGAAGAUGAAAGAUGGGUCGGGAGUGGUUGACGUUUUCCACUAUCUGGAGGCCUACACGGGCUCAGCCGUGACUUGCGCGCUAUUUACGCAUGCCUAUGAUGAUGAAAUGAGAAAGUGCUUCCAUCUCCUUAGGGACCUUUCCCUCAUGGCCAACAUAGCCGUCCGGACCUUCGAUGUUCCCGGGAAAGGGUACCUACCGACGGCACUGCACCGGAAGGCGAGAGCCAUGGAGGGCGAAGUCCGUGACUCGUUUCGGACAAUGGUGAACGAGCGGGUAAAGAAGAGGCGGGCAGGAAUCGAGGACGGGCGUGACCUGUUCGACCUCUUCCUGGACGAGCUUUACGACGAGAAGAGCGCCAAAGAGGUGGAUGUCGAAAGCAUUGUGGACGACGCCAUUGGAAACUGCAAGCUCUUCUACUUUGCCGGCUACGAAACCACUUCUAAUCUGCUGGUGUGGACCAUGGUCAACCUCGCUAUCCACCAGGACUGGCAGACACGCGGCCGGGAGGAAGUCUACCGCGUCCUCGCAGGCCGCAAGAAGCUGCACCCUGAUGACCUCAGCCAACUCAAAAUUUGUAAUAUGAUCAUACACGAGGUGUUGCGACUGUUCCCUCCGAUAUUUGAGCUGUCGAGGGUGGUGGAAGAGGACACGAAGCUGGGUGACUAUAUCAUUCCCAAAGACAUCCUCAUCCAGCUCCCGAUUGGCAUGCUACACCGCAAGCCCGAGAUAUGGGGGCCCGACGCCCACCUGUUCAAGCCCGAGCGCUUCGCGGACGGCAUCCUCAAGGCCGCUAACGGCCAGGCGGCUCUUCUUCCCUUUGGGUGGGGCCCGCGCAUCUGCAUCGGCCAGAACUUUGCCAUCAUGGAGGCCAAGAUCUUCCUUGCCACACUCCUCCAGACCUUCACUUGGGAUCUCUCCCCUCAGUAUAUUCACGCCCCUUACGCAGCCUUCACUGUGCAACCACAGCAUGGGGCGCCGCUCGUGCUUCAAGAGAUCCGCGCUUGAAGCGGAUAUUACUAAUAUUCAAGUUAAUCAAUUCGGCCUAUGUGCCAAUUUUAAGUGUUGUACAAGUGAAAGAUUGUACUUGCAUUAGUGGAUUCGGAGGGUUGUGCUCCCACGAAAUGUUUCCAGCAGUUAAUUAAUGUGUACUGUACCAUUUAUAUGCUACUUUGUUCAAAUAAAAUUCCACAUGUUAAUGUUUUCCUACUUUGCUUCUCUGAAUUGUGAUCAUGGAUGUGUUUUGUGAAGUGCACUCUAAGCCAAUUGGCCUUCACGAUGACAUCGUGCCACGUGUUAUGCUCUUCAUUGUCAAGACCAUCAAUACAUAUGGUAUUAUAUUAUGUGCUAAUUUUUCAAUGUACAUUGUUUUGUAUGCCAGUCAUCAUUGAAAUGAAAUAUAUGUG